GAGCUAAAGUUUAACCUAAAAAGUUGCCUACCGCCUGCCUCUCCUCUCUGCAGAUUUUGCCUUCCCCUCGUGCUGGCUUCCCUCCCUACCAUGGCUACUGGUGAAGAGAUCCCCCCUGUCCCGCAGGACUCGUGGGGGGACUUCUGGCUCUUCCGUUUCUUUGUUAAUGCUGCUGGCUACGCGAGUAUUGUGGUGCCAGGAUUCCUCCUCAUCCAGUACUUCAAGAGAAAGAAUUACCUGGAGACAGGCCGAGGCAUUUGCUUCCCUGUCAUCAUAUCAUGCGUGUUCGGCUCCGAGGUGAAGUCUGUACACCAGGAGGAUGGCUCCCUGCCACCUCGAGCAGAGCCCACAGAAUCUUCUACAGCCCGACAGGUCUUCAAGCUGCUCUUCUGUGCUGCUGGUCUACAGGCCUCCUACCUCACGUGGGGCGUCCUCCAGGAGCGUGUGAUGACAAGAACGUACGGUGCCACUGAAACGGACCCUGGUGAGAACUUCAAGGACUCUCAGUUCCUAGUGUUCAUGAAUCGCAUCCUGGCCUUCACGGUGGCUGGUCUGUACUGCGCCCUGACCAAGCAACCGCGCCAUGGGGCUCCUAUGUACAAAUACUCCUUUGCCUCCCUCUCCAACAUCCUCAGCAGCUGGUGCCAGUAUGAGGCACUCAAAUACAUCAGCUUCCCCACCCAAGUGCUGGCCAAGGCCUCCAAAGUCAUCCCAGUGAUGAUGAUGGGCAAACUGGUGUCACGCAAGAGUUACGAGUACUGGGAGUACCUGACUGCUGCCCUCAUCUCUGUGGGGGUCAGCAUGUUCCUGCUCUCCAGUGCUCCCAACAGGCACGUGUCCACUGUCACCACUUUCUCAGGCAUAGUCCUCCUGGCCGGCUACAUAAUCUUCGACAGCUUCACCUCCAACUGGCAGGACGCCCUCUUCACCUACAAGAUGUCUCCUGUGCAGAUGAUGUUUGGCGUCAACGUCUUCUCCUGCCUUUUCACGGUGGGCUCACUCUUGGAGCAGGGUGCCUUGCUGGAGUCGUUACGCUUCAUGGCCCGCCAUUCGGAGUUCACGGCCCACGCCGUGCUGCUCUCAGUGUGCUCUGCCUGCGGCCAGCUCUUCAUCUUCUACACUAUCAACCAGUUCGGGGCAGCCGUCUUCACCAUCAUCAUGACACUCCGCCAGGCCUUUGCCAUCCUCCUCUCCUGCCUCAUCUACGGGCACACUGUCACUGUUGUGGGUGGGCUGGGCGUAGCCGUUGUCUUCAUGGCCCUCUUCCUCCGCGUCUACGCCCGCAGCCGCAUGAAGAAGCGCAGUAAGAAGCUCCCGCCAGGCGAGACCCCUGUACAAAAGGUCUAAGGAGCUGGGGCCAUGGCAUUUAAGCCAUGCCUGCUGUCCUGCCUCCACUCGGGGCACUUGCUUCAUUUCUCAGAACCCGCUGAGGAGCAGGGUGGGGUAUGGAUAGGCUGGACCAGUGACUCACUUUUUCACCUGCUUUUCCUGGGGAAGGGGCUGGAACAAGCCCAGGGAAUGCUCUGGGCUGCCACAGCUCCAAACCUUUCCAUUUGCCUUAAUGGGUCAAAGACUUCUAGCCAAGGCACAGGCCUGGGGGCUCACACCCUGGGGGAAAAACCAGCACGGGGCUGCUGGUA